AUGCAAAGGGAAUCCGUUCGAACCAGUGUGGAUGAUGUUCAGGAUGAGAUAGCAGCCGAACUCAAAGAUCAGACAAGAAUAAAAGAAGUGGAGAAACAACUUACAUGGCGGCCAGCUCCACCGCGAUCCCAUGAAGAUUUUGAGCCGGCAAACAGGAAUCCCACUCAUGAGAAGGUCUUGGAUCCCUCUGCCAAACUUGGCAAACCCUCUGGGAAACGGACGAAAAUGAAAAUGCUCCAAGAAUUGGUUUCAGACCUUGCAAACACAGCCAUUACUGCAUCGAUCAGUAUCGCGAAACAUACAGGGAAAUCUUGGCAGGAGGAGGGCGGCAUUGGGAGUGGAAUGCUUGUGGACAACGACACGUGUAUCGACGAUUGCAUGUACAAUGGGAUCGAAUCGCAGACUUGCUCGAGCUCAGAAGCGAAUUCUGAAUACAUUGGCAGCUCCCCUCAUUCCAUGUCUGACAGCGAGAGUGAUACCAGCUCGAAGGAAUCUGCCAAGCCUUUCGGGGCAGAUUAUCGUGACAAUUUCGCUGACUGUGAAACGAAACAAGAAUGGCAGGAGGGACCACCCAAGAGAAUCGAAUGCAAGGCCGAUGAGCAGGAGUUGAAUGAAAGCACUCCGAGUUUGCUUACUGAAAUGCAGCCUGAGUUGCAGUCCAAAGGACAGCUUGACACAAUUACCCAAAGGUAUUCGGACCUUGCGGGUUCCAGGGAUCAACUUGAGAUCAUUGAUGAGCUGAAGAUGCAUGAAGCUAUUUCCAACUCUUUCGGUCAAGCUCCCGGAACCUCUCGUAUGGACGAGCUCGAGUACAGCGACGUCUUGUGGGAUGAUGGGGCCAUGUAUCAAGCACUGUUGGAUCAGAGGGGCAAGUUCGGGCCUGCCAUGGUUAGUGAAAGCGACAUGAACAAGGAAAUCGUGUUGACAUCAACGCUUGUCGUGUUGUGA